GUGGUAUGGUGGUGUAGGCCUAACUUCUAUCGUCCUGUUAAUAGUCCUGUUACAGCUGCUAGGCCUGUGUUUUGGAACAUUCAGCCAGAAUUCAGACAGGUUACCAAUAGAGAGAGGAUGUGUUGGCACUGCUGCGGGAAAUAUGCUCAUGGCGUCUGUGGGCUUUGUGUUUAUAUUUGCCUGGCUGUUGAUGAUGUUGACGACCUUGACCUUUAUUGUUGGGAGCCCACUAGAACGAUUUGUCUGUCAACCUCUUACUGACUCCUCUCUCAAUGAUCUAGAAACGCUGGUGGAUGACAAGAUAUACAAGUUUCAGUACGGAACAUCUGAGGGGUAUUUCCUCGGUAAAGUUUUAUUUAACAACGCAUCUAUUAACCUGACUAUCAAGGGACUGUUGCAAGAUUGUCAAGCUGGUGGAGCAGCAUACACAGCACUAAAACUAAAUAACUUGUUUGAUGUGACUACUCUAACUAACUUCACAAGUAACCUUAAUAUAGAGUCGGAGGUGGACAAGAUUAACAUUGAUCUAAGCACUGUUCAGAUCCUGACUCCCAGUCUUCUGAAUCAGCUGAACGAACUGAAGAAUUCCGUCAAUGUCAACUUUACAAAGUUCAGGGAGGAGUUGAGUAAGUCGGCCUCAUCACAGAAUUUAUCUACCCUCGCUGAUGAGCUGGACGCUUUUGCAACAUCCUGUCCUAGCUGUAAUGCAGCAACCCGAGCAGAACUGCAGAAUUUGGCCACCAGAACUAGGUCUAUAGAGAGCAAUGAGCUGGCUAAUCUGACAGCCAGUCUGUCCCAGCUUGAGAUUGAUUUAAACUCCCUGGAAACAACAGUCAAUGGAACAGAGACAGAUGUUGAUAAUUGUAUCAACAACUUUAAUGUGUCCGAAACAUUUGUGCAGACCAACGGAUCUCAGGUUGUUAAAAAUGAAGCCAAAAAUUUUGCCUCCAGGAUUCUGUCAGUGGUGACCUCCUUUAUAGACGAUGCUGUGGGUGCACUGAAUAAUGAGAUUGGAAAAUGCACACCAAUAUGGAACCUUUACAAUUCCUUGUUUGUGAUGUCACUUUGUAAAUAUACCAUAGACACCCUGAAUGGUUUCUGGUUUGCCUUAGGAUGGUGCAUCUUUUUCUUUAUACCUAGCAUUAUCUUCUCUACAAAGCUGGCCAAACAUUAUCGGCGUAUGACUGACCUAGACAGUAAUUAUGAGGACGACUUUGAUAAGAAUGGACUACAGCUACCAGAAGUUAGCAGGGCAGGUUCUAGAUCAUAUUUUGGAUCAAACAAGGUUGGACACCAUGACCCGUCUUCAUCUUUGUCUAACCCCCCUCCCUAUAACUCGGAUUGGUGAACGGACAAUCAAAAAGAUCACCACAGUCCCCAACAACAAUGAGUUUCUUCAAAUUGUUUUGUUUUCUUUUCACUGUUUGUGUUUUGUUAAUGUUUUUAUUUCAAACUGUUAUUUUUGCAUAAUAAAAUGUAUCACUUCUUAAUAUAAUGAAGUUGAAUGUGAGAAUGACAGGUACUUGUACACAUAAUACAUCUUGUUAAGUGAAUGCAGACCUUGAUUAUAUCCCAGAUUUAAUCUACUCAUUGAGAAGUGUGUAGGCAUUUUGAUUUUUAAAUGUGUGUGUGUGCACGUGUGUUGCUUCAAAAUACUGUAAUUUUUGGUAAUUAAGAAUAACACUAUGUAUUUAUUACAUCAGUUCCCCUGAUGUUGACUAACUGUGAUAUUAACAUAUACAUUGUCAUCUUGAACAUUCCAGGCUGGCUAAAAAUGAAAUAUUUUAAUUCGGCAUUUUUCCCCCAUUAAUCGAACAAAAUUGAUACAUGUAACAUGUUUUAUCCAUCAAGAUGGGACACAGUUAAGUUUUUAUAUAAUUUUUUUUUACAUCCAUACAAAGUUGUUUGUUUAAACAGAGCAAGAUUUGACUUGAAGCUCAUAUCAUAUUAAGAUUACCGGAAGCUGUUUGAAUUUUUAAGGUUUGAGAGGACAUCAAAGUGUAGAGAAUUCGUAUUUAAAUCGCUCAUCUUUUAUGAUCUUAUGAGUUCACCUGAGGCUGAGGCAAGAGCUCUAGUGAACUUUCUGGUUAAAAUUCGUCCAUUGCAUUGUCUGUCAUUGUUUGUGUUGUUUUCUUCUCAAGAACCACAUGGCCAAUUUCAAGUAAACUUGCUGCAAAGUAAAUGGGAUUCAAGUUUGUUCUAAUCAAGGUUCACAUUUUCUUCCAAGGGGAGAUAAUUAUGAAUUCAUGAACAUCUAAAAAUCUUCUCAAGAAUCAUUGUGCUUGAAAAUAUGAUCAUUAUGUGGAAUCAUUGUAAGGUGUAGAUUCAAGUUUGUUCAGAUCAUGACACUCUGGGGUAGGAUGGGGCCACAAUAGGCAAUCAAAUUUUUACACAGGAAAAAUGUUCUUCUCAAGAACAACUAAGCCAUGAUUGGUCAUAAUUAUAUCCAAGCAUCCUAGUAAGGUAGUGUAGAUUCAAAUUUGAUCAAAUCGUGACACCUCAGGAGAAUAUAGUGGCCAUAA